AGUAGUGAUACAUUUAUUGAUUCACGAUUAGAGGGAUUCAUUACAUAUUUUACUUUAUAUUUUACACAAUUCUUGCACAGUAUCUUACCACGUGUUGAUCACGUGCUUUGGAGACUUCAACUAACGCGCGCUAGCCAGUCAACUUAUGACGUCAUAUUCUGUCAGAAUGUCAGGAUACGGUCAACCUCCCGGACAGCCUUACUACCAACAGCAGCAGCCGACGCACGGAGCUCCAGCGUACGCACAACAGCCUGCCUAUCAACACGCCUCACCCGGUCGCGUGCAGGCAGGGGGACCCCCUCCCGGGGCCGACCCGACCCUGUGGAGUUGGUUUGUUGCGGUGGACCAAGACCGUUCCGGGCAGAUAUCGGCGGACGAACUGCGGCAAGCGUUGACGAACUCGAACUGGUCGUAUUUCAAUCCGGAAACGUGUCGUUUGAUGAUAAACAUUUUCGAUCGAGAUCACAGUGGCACAAUCAACUUCCAAGAGUUCUGUGGCCUCUGGCAAUACCUACAGCAAUGGAGAGCAACUUUCGACUCAUUCGACACCGAUCGUUCAGGCAACAUCGAUCAGCGAGAGCUACAAACCGCCUUUCAACGACUCGGCUACAGCCUCUCCCCAAACUUUACACGCCUCGUCUUAUCCCGCUUUGACACACAAGGACAUCGCGCUCUCAAGCUCGAUGACUUCAUCCAAUGCUGCGUCUUACUGCACAUGCUCACUGACUCGUUCCGAGCACGAGACACGCAGAAACGAGGUGUCAUACAAAUCAAUUACGAAGAUUUCAUGACUAUGACCAUUCUCGGAAAACCAUAGAAGCUGUGUACUCAUGUAACUAGUAGCGAACACUGGUGGUGACUCAUCCAGCAAGCACAAGCAGCCGGGAAGUCUACCUGUACAUGUAUAUGUAUGUAUGUAUGUAUGUACACUCGUUUUUCCAUUUAUGCAAAAUUAAAUAGAUCAUAAAACAGU